AUGAACUUGCCAUCAAAUUAUACGACAUUGGCUUGGUUCCUUUGCAAACACACUGUCAUUCAUCUUCGACAGGGUAUUGCUUCCAUCUUAAUUGCAAGUUCGUUUAUUGGGACCUUGAGUCUGUACGCUAUACUAGUGUGUGUAGCCUGCAGUCAGCUGGAGAAGCUCAGAGCGGCCCUCCUGGACAUCAGACAGACACACGUCACAGCAGAGCGGGACUGUGGGACACAGGCUGACAUACUGAAGGCACGGGGACAGGCACGUGCCUCAGGGGAACUGUUCCGUCACAUGCAGAAACAACUCAACAACUGCAUACGUCACCAUCAGGAGAUAAAACGGUUCAUGCAGAGCAUUGAAGAGUGUUGGAAUAUUCUUCUGUGUGGAAAAUUUCUGGUGGUGUUAUCAGGGAUGUGUUUCACCUCCUUUUCAGCCAUCACGAGCUGGGGAAACCACGCUGAUGUAGCCCAAGCUGUAUUUCUUUAUGCAUUUAUGAUGAUCUAUGUGUGCCUAAUCUGCUGGCUUGGAAAUGAGCUCUCCGAACAAGCUGAAAGCGUGAGAGACGCUACCUGGGGGUGCGACUGGGUGGGAACUCCUGUCCAAUUUCAGCGCUGUCUGGCCUUCAUCAUCGCCACAGCUAACAAGGAGUUCACACUCUCAGCCGGGAAAUUUGUCCCCGUGUCAAAUAAGACAAUGAUGAAUAUGAUGAACCAGACUCUCUCAUUCUUCAUGUUCCUUCUCCAGAUGAGGAACAGAGACUAUGACACCAGGGAAUACACCAUUAAUUAGCCCCAUCAGCAGUUCACUUAGUCUGCACAGUUCUUGCACUGAGCUCCUGGAUAUCUCUUCACAUUGCCUACUUCUGGUUUUAUUUUAACACAUCCCUUCACAUGGAAAAGUUAUGUUUUCGGUGGUGACCAAGAUACGUGCACAUUCAAAAAUGAACAUCAUUGACCACAGACAAAUCCACAAAAUAAAAAGUUCUCUAUUUCGGUCUAUUUGUAACUUAACGACGCUCGAACUAACUCGGACUCUACACCGUGCAGUGAUUAGAUGUACACUAAAUGCAUUGUAUAAGCUUCAAAUGCAAAAUUUUCAAGCUACUACAAAGGAAUUUAUAGAUCGGGACUGAAGAAACUGAAGGAAUGUUCCAUUUAAUAUUUUGAAUAUGUAAACUAAAA